AUGGCGGAACGAGACUCAAAGGCGGCAAAAACAACAACAACAACACCGAUUAUAUCAGCGGCCGACGACGACAUUGACAGAAUUAGCAGCUUACCGGACUGUUUACUCUGCCACAUCCUCUCCUUCCUCCCAACCCAAACCCCCGUGAUUGUCGCCACCACCAGCGUCCUAUCUCGCCGGUGGCGGAACGUCUGGAAGGAUAUGGAAGUCUUCAAAUUCCAACAGAAAAAGAAAUCGCAGAAGUCGUUAUUUUAUUCUGUUAAAUCUGUCCUGACCCUCCGCAGACCAGGCCGUGUUCGAAAGUUUCGCCUCGAAAGUGACGUCAGCGAAGCAAACCUAGUAACCGUCAAGAACUGGAUCAACGCCGCCAUGGGGCCACAACUCGAAGAACUGCACCUUCUCCUCUCAAGAGAAAAUAAUGAUAAUCUUCCAUUGGCUCCCACUUUAUUGAUCAGUUGCAGUAACAGUAUCGCGGCUCUCUCACGUGAAUGGUACCUCUAUUUUCCAUCGCUCAAGUCUCUGUCUCUGAAUCUCGGAUCUACUCAGAAUGUGGAUGUUCUUCUCUCUAGAUGUCCCGUUCUUGAAACUCUGAAUCUUAAGCUCUUCAUCUCCACGUGUCCUGAUCUGCGCGUGCAAAAACUUCGCGUGGCUUCUUCUUCCUUGAAGAGUCUUACCAUCACCGCUUUGAGUAACUAUGUAAUUGAGGGAUUUGAGUUAGACGCGCCGUCUCUUGAAAAUCUUAGUCUGUUAUUCAACAGAGAGUUGGAGGGGUUUUCUGUUCGUAAUUUGCACAGCGUGAGAAACGCGUCUCUUGAUUUUCGUUUUACAGCUGGUGGUUAUUCUGUGAUCGAGCUUGCCAUGAAAAUACUUGAAAAGUGUCGUGUUCUUAAAGAUCUUACAGUUCACAGGAGAAAGGUGGAUGUAAGAAGUGUCAAUUUAACUAUGUCCAUCCUUAUUAUCAAGGUUGUAAUUUAA